CAACAUACAAAUCAUCUGAGUUGAUAGAAGUGGAGCACAUCAUAUCUACUCUUCGGAUCAGCAGCGGACGCAAUUAGUCCAACCUUCUCCAAACUCUCGUCCUUUUGAAACAUUUUCCCGCAAAUAUUCACCCUUGCUCUGCAGAAUUAUUUGAUUGAAUCAAUCAGGAAUUGGCUAUAAUGACGACUCGGUACUGGGUGGCGUCUCUCCCCGUCGGGCAAGGCUCCUCCGCUUCCACUUUAUGGAGUCGCCUCCAAGAAUCUAUCUCCAAACAAGCGUUUGAUACCCCUCUUUAUAGAUGUUGGCUCUAAGCGAUGAUCUACUGAAGGCGAACAGCUUUAUUGAAGGAGUGUCCCACAAAAUCCGACGACAGAUUGAGGAAUUGGAGAGGGUCUCUGGAGUUGUUAGCAGCUCUCUUACUGUUGAUGGGGUUCCUGUUGACUCUUACCUCACGAGGUUUGUGUGGGAUGAUGCGAAGUAUCCGACAAUGUCACCACUUAGGGAGAUUGUGGAUGGAAUUCAUGUACAGAUCGCGAAAAUUGAGGAUGAUCUCAAGGUUCGUGUCGCUGAGUAUAAUAACGUGCGCAGCCAACUUAAUGCUAUAAAUCGGAAACAGGCUGGAAGCUUAGCUGUUCGCGACCUUUCCAAUUUGGUAAAACCAGAAGACAUCAUUAGUUCGGAACAUUUAACAACCCUCGUGGCAAUUGUUUCAAAGUAUUCUCAGAAGGAUUGGUUAUCAAGCUAUGAGACACUGACAACUUACGUCGUCCCCAGAUCCUCCAAGAAGCUCCAUGAGGACAAUGAAUAUGCUCUAUAUACUGUAACAUUAUUCAGUCGCGAUGCUGACAAUUUUAGAACUAAGGCACGCGAAAAGAAUUUCCAAGUUCGUGAUUUUGAAUAUAAUCCAGAAACACAAGAAAGUCGCAAGCAGGAGCUCGAAAAACUGAUCCAAGACCAGGAAACAUUGAGAAGUUCUUUGUUGCAAUGGUGCUACACCAGUUAUGGAGAGGUUUUUAGUUCCUGGAUGCAUUUCUGUGCUGUACGCGUCUUUAGCGAAAGCAUUCUGCGAUAUGGUCUGCCUCCAUCAUUUCUGUCUGUUGUAUUAUCACCAUCUGUGAAAAGCGAAAAGAAGGUUCGCUCCAUCCUUGAGGGACUGUCUGACAGUUCACACAGCACAUACUGGAAAACAGACGACGAAGGAGGAAUGGGCGGGUUUGCAGGUGAUGCCGACGCACAUCCUUACGUCUGCUUCACCAUUAAUCUUAUCUAAGAUGGGUCACCGCAUUGUUGCUGUCCAUUUGCCUAAUGUGAUACUCUCAUGGCGUUAAAAGAAAUAAGGACGGAUUCUACACUUGUACAAUAGAGUAAAUUAUCCUAUUCGUUUCUUCUUCAAGAAGUAUACUUUUCCUGUAAAACAUUCGCAGCAAUUUUUCUCCAAAGUCAUGUUCUGUUUGCACAAGAAUCUGAAGUUUGUAGCAGAUGAUUACUUCUUCCUCUAAUACCUUCAUUGUCAAGUUCUAUUGGACACACGGGAUUGAUUGUAUUAUUGACGAGAUAUUAUUAAUAAGCCAUAUUCUUCAAUA